CAUUCGCAUUCUCUUUCUCUUCAGAAAUUCCUUCAAUCAAUUUUCAAAUUUUCGUUCGUUUUUCAUUAGAAAAUGGCGUUGAAAGUAUAUGGUAGUCCGAAAUCCUCCGCAACACAGCGAGCCCUGGCCGCCGUGAAGGAGAAGCAGCUCGAGUUCGAAUUAGUUCCCGUAGACAUGGCAUCCGGCGCUCACAAGAAGGAACCGUUCAUUUCUCUCAACCCAUUCGGCCAAGUUCCAGCCCUUCAAGAUGGAGACCUGACACUAUUUGAAUCAAGGGCAAUUGCUUCUUACAUUGGAGAAGCAUACGCAAGCCAAGGGACACCCCUUGUGAGCCAAGACCCAAAGGAGAAUGCCAUCAUCUCCGUUUGGUGCGAAGUGGAGGCUCAAAAGUUCGAUCCAGCUGGGUCCAAAUUGGCAUGGGAGAUUGUUUACAAGCCAAUGUUCGGAAUGACAACCGAUCCAGCUGCUGUCGAAGAACACGAGGCUAAGCUAUCACCUGUUCUUGAUGUCUAUGAAGCUCGUCUAACUGUAUCAAAGUACCUUGGUGGAAACAACUUCAGUUUAGCUGACCUUUAUCACCUUCCCUCCCUUCAGUUCUUGGUUGGGACUCCUACUUAUAAGAAGGUUUUCGAGUCGCGCCCAAAAGUCGAUGCUUGGGUCAAGGAUAUAUUGGCUAGGCCUGCCUGGCAAAGCGUGAUUGAGAUGCAAAAGAACUAACUGAAAUCAUGUUUGUUGCAUUUUGGGGGUUUAGUUGUGUGCAUGUUAUGCAAUAAGUUUGGUUUGUGGAAAGGCUAACUUUUGUUGUUGGUCUGUUUUUCUUAACUGAGCAAUAUAUCAUUUCUUUCUUGUUGAAGGAUUUCAGUUUUUCUUUUGUUUUGUUGAACUUCAUUUGGACCAUUUUGAGGAUUUUUGUAUAUGAUAAUGUGUUUCAAUUCUAUUAGUAAUAUUGAUUAUUAUUGUCUUUUA